AUGAUUAUUCCUUUUAUUAUUCCACUACAAAAAAGAUGGGGGAGAUUUGGUGGUGGCAGUUCUAGCCAUAGUUCAGGUCUGAGCUCAUCAAGCCAUAGUUCAGGUCUGGGCUCAUCAAGUCAUAGUUCAGGUCUGGGUUCAUCUAGUUCUUAUCGAGGGGGUUCAGGAACAGCCGCUGGGGGUGCAGCUGGUGCUGGCGCAUAUGCUGCUCAUGCACAUGGUGGCGGUUCCAAUGGAAACGAGGAUGAUGGAGAUUGGGAUCGCAGAUGGCUUUUGAUGUUGUUGAUUCUUGUUCCAAUCAUAUUGCUCUUCAUAUACUUGUGGUACCGUUCACGCAAAAGAAAACAAAGAGCUCGUGAUAUUGAGCAAUCUGCACAGACUGGUGUAUACGAUCACAAUUCACCGUACACGCUUAAUGGUGACUACGGUGACUACGGUGGGUAUAAUACUACUACUACUAUUAAUGGAAACAGCAAGGAAGUUGGAACACCACAAGCCAAAGAUGGUGUUGUGAAUUCAGCUGGUCUGAACGAAUUUAACAAUUUCGAACGACCAACGGGUCCACCACCACCACCAGCUUAUUUACGUGAUUAG